UUUUUUCUUUUUUAAAUACAAACAUUCAGUUUGCUGUGAACGCUCCCCUCUCUGAUUUUCAGUGUAUAAUAAAAGGACUAAAGGAGACUCAUUUCACCUUACAGUUUAUAUCAAAGUUAUAAGUCGCGUUCACUAAACAUAAAACAACUACAAAUAUCACAUUUUUUUAAAUGAAGUCUAUUCAAUCCAAAGUUCAAAACAACUCUGCCGAUGUCAACGUUGAAAUCAACAUUGUCAUCAGCAACCCCGGUAAUGACCAACUUGGAGAUUACCAACACAUCGCUUCUCCUGGCGAUUUGAUUCGCUCGACCUCCAGCAUUCAACUCGAAAAGCUAUCAAUUACAGAUAGCGAAACUAAAAAAAGUCGGAUAGUUCCAGAAGAGAUGGAUAUCGAUGACGAUUCCAUUUCCGUUACUUCCGCAUUUGAAGAAGAGCAAUCUCAGAAGAUAGUUCAAGUACAAGGCGAUAUAGCCAAGUACGAGUUUGAACUGAGAGCUCUCGACAAUAAGGCCAACCUUUUGAUGGAGCUUCCACAGAGCACCGAGGAUGAAGUAAAGCAAUUCGCUUUCCAACUCGAUGUUUUGGAGAAAAAGCAAGCUUUCUAUAAUAGGAAGUUUGUUGAAGCUCAUGAACGUCUUAAGUGUUACAGGGAAGAAGCAAAAUCCUUUAGUAGUCCUUCUGGUAAACAGGAUGGACGCGCAAUUAAGCCUAAAGACCUUCCAAUCUUUGAAGUUAAGCCUUCAAAUUAUAAGGAUUUCGACAAUGAACUUAAUCCCAACUCAAUCAAUGCCACCAACGAUAACUAUUCGUUAGAAACGUUCAUUUUGAAAUUUGAACGUGUUUACAAAGACAACAAAGUCAAUGUGAACAAACACUGGCGCUACAACCUUGAAUCCUGUCUCGAGAAGACUAAGAUCGGGCGCGAAUUCUACACCAGUAACAUUCGAAACAAAAAAUUGUCUUGGAAAGAAGUUAAACAACUGCUGAAAAACCGAUUCGAUAUUGCUUCAAAGUGUAAAACUUUUCAAUGCAAUACCAUGUUGCUAAACCUCAAGCAAGGGCCCAACCAAUCUGUUGUUGAAUAUUUAGAUAGAUUUCAGCAUCAUGUUGUCGCCGCUAAGGUUAAAGUGGAAGAUAAUUUCCUUUUAUCUACCCUCUUUAUUAAUUCUUUGCAUCAUGAGGAUUUCAAACAAAGGGUUUUAGAUACACUUAAAGACCAUUACAAGCUUUCUCUUCCUGCUGGUUCGACUUUGUCAAGCAAAUACGCAGAUAUUUCUGACGAGGACUACGUUCCUAGCAAUUUCAGUGAAUUGCAUAGCAUUCUUUGUAAAGCUAUGUUUUCUUUGGAAAAGAGUCAUGCUGAAAUUGUCAAGAAAGAUGACCAAAAAGACUCUUCUAACAAAAAGAGAAAAUUGGAUGACAAUAGAUCAUCCAAUCAACAAAACAAAAAGCCUUACAAGGGCAACAACAGCAACAACAAUAACUUCAAUUACAAAAAAUUGAAGGAUAUUAGAAACAAAACCGGUUCUUUGAAUAAGGACGAAAUCCAGUUCCUUAGAGACAAUGGUUUUUGCACCUUCUGCCGCGUGGUCAAAUAUUCUGUCGAGCAUGGCAAGACCUGUUCUGAAUGAAAAAGAAUUUUAGAGGCCAAGAAGUAAAAAUGAAGAACAAGAUUUUUCUGCUACUAAUGAUGGAAAUAUAGUUGAAGAUGACUCAUCUG